AUGGCAGAAGCACAGCCCGCUCCUGUUCUGUUUAGCGGACUCGGAUCUGGUUUAGCAACUCCCGAAGUAGUUCGGCGCCCUGGGCUAUCCCCAAACUGGCAUCUGCCAUCUCCGACCGCCUGCCAGUCUCACCCUUUGGACUAUAUAACUUCCAGUGCGUCGCUCGAUCAUCCUCCUCUCUUUGACUGA